AUGGAGGUGGCGCCCGAGCAGCCGCGCUGGAUGGCGCACCCCGCCGUGCUGAACGCGCAGCACCCCGACUCUCACCACCCGGGCCUGGCGCACAACUACAUGGAACCCGCGCAGCUGCUGCCCCCCGACGAGGUGGACGUCUUCUUCAACCACCUGGACGCGCAGGGGAACCCCUACUACGCCAACCCGGCCCACGCGCGGGCGCGCGUCUCCUACAGCCCCGCGCACGCCCGCCUGGCCGGAGGCCAGAUGUGCCGGCCACACCUGCUGCAUAGCCCGGGCUUGCCCUGGCUGGACGGGGGCAAAGCAGCCCUGUCCGCGGCGGCCGCUGCGCAUCACCACAAUCCCUGGACCGUGAGCCCCUUCUCCAAGACCCCUCUGCACCCCCCAGCGGCCGGGGCCCCCGGGGGCCCCCUGUCCGUGUACCCGGGGCCCGCGGGUGGGAGCGCGGGGGGCGGCGGCAGCUCGGUGGCUCAGUCUGCGCACUCUGGCUCCCACCUCUUCGGCUUCCCGCCCACGCCCCCCAAAGAAGUGUCCCCGGAUCCCAGCACCACGGGGACCGCGUCCCCUGCGUCAUCUUCCGCGGGGGGCAGCGCGGCACCCCGAGGGGAGGACAAGGAUGGAGUCAAGUACCAGGUGGCGCUGACCGACGGCAUGAAGAUGGAAGGUGGCAGUCCCCUGCGCCCCGGCCUGGCCGCCAUGGGCCCCCAGCCCGCCACACACCACCCCAUCGCCACCUACCCCCCCUACGUGCCAACCGCGGCCCACGACUACGGCGGGGGGCUCUUCCACCCCGGUGGCUUCCUGGGGGGCCCGGCCUCCAGCUUCACCCCCAAGCAGCGCAGCAAGGCGCGCACCUGCUCAGGUAAAAGCAGCCCCCCACCCCCCGGGGACUUAGAGGACACGGGGACAGUGAACAGGCCGCUGACCAUGAAGAAGGACGGAAUCCAGACGAGGAACCGGAAAAUGUCCAAAUCCAAGAAGAGCAAGAAGGGGACAGAGUGUCUGGAGGAUCUGACCAAGUGCAUGCAGGACAAGCCGUCCCCCUUCAGCGCGGCCGCGCUGGCCGGACACAUGGCCCCCGUGGGUCACCUCCCGCCCUUCAGCCACUCGGGACACCUCCUGCCCACCCCGACGCCCCUCCACCCUUCCCCCAGCCUCCCGUUCGGCCACCCGCACCCGUCCAGCAUGGUGACCGCCAUGGGCUAA